AAAAGUUAAAUUUAUAAAAUUAACUUGAUUAAACAAAUAAACAUUCCAAAAUCAAGACUAUUUGCUUAUCCUCAUGAACAAACGAUAGCAACAUUUCUCAUUUUACCGAUUUGUUGUUGUUGUUCAAAUGGAUUUACUACGUGUUCAAAAAUCCUUCUUCAAUAUGUUUUGUUUUGUUUUAUCAAUUAACCCAUAAAUAAUUAAUAAAUAACAAUAAUUAAAUUUCUUUAAGAAGAAGAACAAAAAAACAAAGUAACCCCUUUUUUUCGUAUCAGAGAAAAAACGUUAUGUCUUCAGAGGAAAAUCAAUUAUCCGAAAAAAUCGAUUUAAUUGAACCCACAACUGGCAAAUUAUUCUUCGAAACCAAAUCGGAUUUGGUCUUUUGUAAGCCGCAUUUGAUGCCUCUCAAAUCCUUAACUCUCGAACGUUUAGAAAAUAUGCAAAAGAAAGCUCAGCAACAGUUACAGGAAAAUCGUCUUAAAACUGCUGUUGUUGGAGAAACUGAUAAAUAA